AUGGAAAAAGAUGAUGAGACUCAGACUGCGAGAAAGAUCAAGCAACUACGUACAGAUAAUGGUGGGGAGUAUCGUAGUGAUCCGUUUUUGAAAGUUUGCCAAGAUGAAGGAAUAGUACGUUGGGCAAAGAGUUUUGGGCUGAAGCAGUUAUAUAUGCGUGUCAUUCAUAAUCGUCUACCAUCAACUGCAAUGAAGGCAAGACGCCGAUUGAGGUGGAGCAUACUCAGCAGCGGUGGAGUUGAAACAACAUCAGUUAGCCCAGUUGGAAAUGAGACUCCUAUGGUAGAGGAGUUCAUUGGAGAUGAAGAAAAAGAUUAUUCCAAGAACCUCAACAAGAAUCAUGCUGUUAAUAGGCCAAGACAAGAAAUUCGCAAGCCUGCUCGUUUUGCUGAUACGGUGGCCUAUGCACUCCCAAUUGAAGAUGGUGAAGUUCCUUCCACUUAUAAUGAAGUAGCUAGCAGUUCCAAAAAUGGUAAGUGGAGGAAAGCCCUGAAAGAAGAGAUGCAGUCUCUCCAUAAGAAUGAAACUUGGGAGGUUGUUCAUACAAAGAAUAAGAAGGCAAUUGGAUGCAAAUGGGUAUAG